AGCUAGAAUACACACCACACCUGAGUUUCUGUUUCAAUGAACACGCCUGUUGGGGUUUUGCGUUGAUGGAUUUCUUCAAGUGGAUCCGGCUGAAACAUCAAGACUUUGUCUUCCUGAAGGGAAAAGCAAACUAACUCAAGCAGAACACCCAUUUUCUUGAUCAAACACGGACGUUGUACAGCCAUGGUCUUCGUGGAUUUGAAGUCCAUCACCCAGCCGGUGGGGAUCAUCCGAAUUAUGGCGGUCAUCAUCACCUGUUUGUGCUUCAGCCUGGUGGCUUCAGCAAAACCAGAGAACUCUCCAUACUGGGCCUGGUGCAUGUUCACCUGGUGCUUCUGUUGUUUCUUCACGCUCCUCAUCAUCAUCCUGGAGUUCACCACGGUCAGCUCCAAAAUGCUUUUUGACUGGAAUGACUUCACUGCUGCUUUUGCAAUACUGGCAAGCCUGAUCUGUCUGUCAGCCUCCAUCAUAUACCCCAUAUUCUUCACCUGCAACACCUGCCACCGGCAGGCCGGAGCGUCUGCCGUCUCCUGGGUUUGUUUUGGUGUUUAUGUGGGUGAGGUUGUCUUGACCUACCUGCGCCCACAUGGGCAGACUCGUGGUUUCCUCUCCACGUUGCCCGGCAUCAUGAAAAUGCUGGAGAGCUUCCUCGCCUGCCUCAUCUUCAUGUCCCUGGAAAAAGGCCAGUACCACAAAUCCCCAGAGCUGCAGUGGUGUGUCGCUGUCUACGCCCUGUGUUUCACCUUCACCAUCAUCCUCAUCCUGCUCACCCUGGGAGAUCUCACCUCUUACUUUCCAUUCUCUUUUGACAUCACUGUGAUUGUCUUUAACGUCCUGGCUACAGCGAUGUAUCUGACUGCUUUGGUUCUGUGGCCGCUGUACAGCUUACACAACCAUGGAAGACCUAGUAGCUGUGGGAGAGUCUGUAGCUGGGAUAAACUGGUCCUGAUCACCAUCAUUACAAUCUUCAACUUCAUUAUUUACACCAUGGACACAGUCUACUCUGUAAUAAUGGUUUUCUCUGGCAGGAAUCAGUGAGCUGCUGGUUCACAAGACCAGGACUAUAAUUAUUGAGAACUGUUGCUUGCAUUCUUUUUUUUAAAGACAAAGUUCUCAGACUUUGUUGCUGUAAACCGAAUAAAUAUUAACUCCAUUGUGUAAAUACCGUUUAAGUGGUUAAACAUUAGAAAUGCCAUAAAGGUGAUCAAUAGUUGAGUGGAACUUUGGAUCCAUCACACUGGAAUAAAACAAUGCAGGUGGGGUUUAUUACAGCUAAUUCAUGAGGCAGGUUAAUGUUUAGCUUCUCUUUACAUCAGUUACUCUCCUGAAAUUUACUGCUUGAUUAUUUUAAUAGAAUUUCAUUAUAAUAAACAAAAAAAGACCAUCAUCAAGACCAGUUUAUAGAGGUUCAAUGAAAAUGUGAAAAGAAAAUCUACUGAUUAAUCCAGGAAAUAGUCAGAUCUCAAAAGUCUUCCUCCUUGUAGACAGCGUUUACUAUGAGCACAGCCAAAUGAAUGACAGAAAGAAAGAAAGAAAGAAAGAAAGAAAGAAAGAAAAUUAAUAAUGAUGGAAGAAGGGAUUAAUGGACAGAGGAAUGAACGGGGAGCAUUAUAAGUAAAAAAGUAGAUUGAAAGAAAAUAAGGAAAGAAGGGGGGUGGAGGUGGGGAGGGAGGAAGGAAUGAAGUAAAGAAAACUGGACAAUGAAUGAAACACAAGACGACAAUCUGGACUGCAGAGAGAAAAUAAAAGAGAAUGGAACAAGGUCUGACCAUAAAAUCAGUCUAAAUCAGUUUAAAUUGAGACCUGAAAACGUAUCAACAGCUGGCUCAUUCUUCUCGCAGAUCGGAGGCAGUAGGCGUAAUUUCAGCGUAAUUUCAGUCCGUAGUGUUGCCUCCGUCCCAGUCUGAUUGCUGGAGAGAAGGUCCAAGAAAAAGAGUCGCCUCAGCACCGAACACGCAAAUCUGACCUGUGUGUGAAACCAAAUUCCGGUGCUGUUCGGUAACUUUUGGGGCCGUGCCUAUGCUAAUGUGUUAGUCUGGAAGAAAAACUCCUGAUGUAACCAACUGGGAGGAUUAGAUCCCUUUAUUUUUAUUCUUCCGUGGACAUAGGCGUCAUUUUAACCGGGGACGCCGGGGACAUGUCCCCGGCAAAAUUUGUGAUUGGCUAGCACUUUCAAAAAAGCCUGCUGACAUUUGUCCCUCAUUCUCCUCCACCUUUAAACCCACAUUUUGUUGUUUCCGUCCACGAAUAAAACGCUUGAUGUGCAUCUUUUAUUCCUCCAGUCGCGGGUGAAUAAAACAUUCUUUUUUUCCGCGAGGUAUUCUUCAACCUGCUCUGUGUCUAGGGAUGGGUACCUUUGACAUUUGAAUUGAUCCGGUACUAAUUCCCGGUAUCUAGGAAUCGAUACCGGUACUUAACGGUACCAAUUUUUGAUACUUAUGAGUGUUUAAUAUUUUUAAUUCUCUUUUAUAAUUAAAUAUAUAUUUUUCUCAAUAUAUAACCAUAUUUGAUAAAUAUCACGAUAAACAACAUACAACUGUUUGUAUUUUAACAUCGUCCUUGUAGUUUUAUAAGCUGAUGAUUAAACUGAAGCAAACAUCUUUACUGUGAACUAAAUUUACUGUGUAUCUUCAUUCCUUUUGCCGUCCUUUUUCUUUGAUUUUUCCUACUGGGAAGUUAGAAUUUCCGAGGAGAAAGCGAACGCACCAUUAGCUUACAACAAUGGUGGCAAUGGAAGCUAAUUUAUCAAGCUAACGUUAUCUUAAACAGUUUAUUUAGCUGCUGGAGCAGAUUAAAACGACGAUGCCUCACACUUAUAUCGUUGUCACUGGUUUCAUCUUCACCCAAUCAUCCGUUACAUUUAGUAAAGUGACGCCAAACUUUAGAGCGCGUUCAUGUUCUUCUAGUCGGAAAUUCGGAGUUCCAAGGAGAAAGUGAACGCACCAUUAGUGGAACGGAAGCUAACAAAUCAAGCUAACAUUAUCUUAAACAUUUCAUUUACCUACCAGAGCAGAUUAAGAUGAGAAUGUCUCACUUAGAUUGUUGUCGCUGGUUUCAUCAUCACCCAGUUACCCAUCACAUUUAGUGAAGUGGACCCAAGCUUUAGCGUGCGUUCUUUCUACCAUGCUGCUCUGUUUACAACUUGCAGGGACCGACAACGCUCUUGCGCAGCUGUCUAGGCAAGUUCUUGUUAUGAAGGACAGGUACCGAAACGAGGCACCAUUUCAAAUGGCGUGAAUCGGUGUUCAGUCAGUACUAUGGAAUUCGGUCGGUACCUUCAAAAGUACCGAAUUCGGUACUCAUCGCUACUAAUUCUUAGGGUUGGGCAUUGAGAAUCGAGCAUCGAUUGGAACCGGUUCCAACUGUUCAUUUUUCCUGGAAUCGCUCAACGUUUUUUAUUUCGAUUCCUAGUGUAAAAUAAACAUGAUCUGCAAAUUGUGAUCAAGGCUUUUCAGAGCUGAUCACACCAGCUGUCUGUCUGCAGCACUGAGUCCUCCCUCCCCCCACCCGGCAUGCAGCGGCCAGAUAUAAACAAACGCCUGCCGAACUUUUACUCCGUAAUAUAAACUUUAACUCCUGCAGCGUAGAGGAAACUUGUUAAAAUACGUCAACACGGUAGAUUUAAUAGAAGCUUUAAAGAACAAACUGGACGGUGUGAGGUGAGUUUGUCUUACUACAGAAAUAAAAACACACGUGUGUCACGUUAAGGGGAUGGUUAGGACCCAAAUAUGCAGAUACCCAGGAGGACACGAGGCAGGAGUAGAUAUAAAGAAAAAUAUACUUUUAUUUGAGGAUGAACAAAAUAAAUCCAAAGGCAGCGAGCCUAAAGUCCAAAACUCCAAAGCAGGAGAAACAAAGCUCACCAAGAGCACAAACUGGGAUGAGACAAAAAACUCACACAGAGCACGAACAAACGCUGAUAGAAUACAAACAAUGGACCGACGAGACACUGAGACAGGACAGGGCUUAAAUACACAGGGUGGAUGAGAGGGAGAUGAGCUGCAGGUGUGUGGGGUGUGGGAGGAAGACCAGGUGAAGGCAAUGACUAAUCAGGGGAGAAACUAACUUGACCUAAGAAUAAAACCUAAUACAAAAGAGCAGGAAACAUAACUACAAUUCAAAGGGAGGGGGGAGAAAAAUAAUAAACACUGAUGGGAAAAACAUACUAAAUCAUGAAAGGCUGUAACUAAAGGAAAUGACUUGAGCAACCUAGAGGGCUGGAGAUCUAGGGGCAAAUGGGGAAAACCAGAAGACACAUGAGGAAGACGCAGACAUGACACAUGAGGGCGCUAGGACACAGAAGGGAAUCUAGAGAGGAUGGAGAAACACCAGGAGGCACAUGAAGGAAGGGGCAGACGCAGACCAUGACAAUGUGAGCGUCAGCAGGCUGAACAAUAACCUGUAGAAUAAUUAAAGUCAUCAUGCUAGAGCAGCUUCUCUGUGGUGGACCACACCAGCUUCUGCCACAAUAAAUAAUUAGAUUAACAAUAAAUAACAUUUUAAUUUCCUUUCUGAACUAUUUCUGCUGAGAGUUUUAAUGUUUAAAAUCUGUUAGAUUGUUACUGACAGCAGCUAUGUUUAAGUUUCACUUCCUGUUCUGACUGAAUGCUGCUGCAGCAUGGAGGUGUAGUUCUCAGUCAUCCUGGACAUGAUCAUCCUGAGAGUUUUAGCUGGAAACAGCUGGAUGUUUCUGGACAUGUUGGAGACAUUUAGCCUCUCAUCCCAGAGGCUUCUUCCAGACGUUGGUUGUGGUCAGAAACAAACACACUGGUUGUGCUGCAAGUCUUUUUCGUUUUUUCUCCAAAACAUGUUUUUGUCUAAAUGAAGGUGAUGUUAUUGUUCAUAGAAUUAAA